AUGCAGGAAGAUUUAGAAGUGACCGGAGUGUCGCGAAGCGGCCGCGUGAGGAAAAAGAGUUCCAAGCUGAUGGAUUUUGAGUCGCCUGAUGAUAUUGAGACGAGGUACCGUCGCCAGACACCGGUGAAAUCAUAUUCGGGGUUCAGGCAGGAAGAGGAACAAUAUACGGAGCCCACGCCGAAACCAGCGGAAGAAACGCAAGCCGCGUCAGGCAGUGAGUCCGACUAUUAUGAAAACACUGCUGAAAAUGCUGAUAGUAUGGAGACUGACAGUUCUGGUUCUGAAGAGGGUUCGGCUCGGACUCCAGCCAACUCAUUAUACAUGAUGGAGAGGGGAACCAAAAAGAAACUAAUAGUCAAGGAUGGCAAAGUUGUUGGAAGAGCUAAAGCGCAGAGGAAGGAUAAAGGUAAAACCCGCAUAACUGCAUACAUGAUGUGGGCGAAAGAGGCUCGCAAUGAAUUAUUGCGGAAGCAUCCUGACAUGGACUUCUCUGCUAUUUCAAAGCGACUGGGAGAGAUGUGGGCUAAUGUGAACUAUAACGAACGUUAUUUAUGGAAGCGCAAAGCCAAAAGGUUUGCGAUGUUGAAAUCUCAAGAGGCACAGGGAACUACCAAAAUCAUAUCUAAUCCUAGUGUAACUCCAGUGAAACAUGCUGGGCCAGGUAGACCUCCGAAGCACAGACCUCCACCGGUCCAGACAACGCCACCGCAGCAAGCACUAGUUAUAAGUCCCGUUAGCACCAGCAGUGGCGCUAACAACAGUGGGAUGUACCGCGUGACAGGUUGCGGGGCUGUAGAAGUCGCUGCUCAUCUGCGACUCUUGGGGGAGAGCCUGGCUAUCAUCGGCGAAAGGCUCAAGGAACACGAGGGUCAGAUAGCAGUGUCAGGAUCUGUGUCCGUUUUGCUUGACACACUUCUGUGCUCGUUGGCACCUCUGAUCGCGGUAACUCGUGCCGUUCCAGCUAUCGCGCCGCCCGCCCGCCUGCUUCAGGACACGCUACACAACAUUGCCUAUAUCAUGCCGGGGUUGUAG